ACGACACACGACCCAACCUUCAUCCCGAUCACCAACGGUUGUUCCCUUGCAAACGAGCAUAAUUGCACGCGCGCGAAUAAAAAACACAGAGAGAAAGAAAGAAAGAAGAGGGUACAUCUUGAACGGUGCAUCUCUUCGAUAAUCCUCUUUUGUCUGGGCUGUUUGGCCGAGUUCCAUUACGGAGAGUUCGACUGAGUUUUAACCGGUCUCUCCAGCGACAGUUUUAAUCGGUGAGAGUAUUCCUUGGUCAGACAAGGAGCAGCAGGAAGAGCCAGGACCGGGUCACUAGAGUCGACAACAACUGUUGCUGUUACCAGUUCCACGGACGACAGAAAAAAUACAUAUCAAGAUGAUGAAGCUGAUCGUAUUAGGGAUGCUGUGCUUAUUGGGGCUGAAGGCGACGCUCGCCAUGCCCGUGGCCGAGAACCAAGAACCUCUUCAGGUGGUACCGCUCGAGAAAUCCGCGACAGCCCCAAAAGCUGUGGGAGUUGAGGAAGCUGUCGUAGCGGCACAAGCUCAGGAAGCUGCUGUUCCAGCAGUGCCGGCGGUUCCGGUUCAAUCUGAACAAGUGCAACCUGAGAAACCAAGCGCGAGGAGCGAGCCUGCAGCUGAGUAUGAUCAGCUAACCGAGAAGGCGGAGGAAAAGAAAGAGGAGGCUCAACAAGCGAAACCUGAGGACAAGAACGAAGAGGCCGUAGCAGAGAAGAAGUCCGAGCAACCCUUGCCGCAGGAGGCUCAACAGGCACCUGCUCAGGAACAAAAGCCUGAACAAGCUCAGGAAGGCAAGAAAGAAGAGGAGACCCUGAAACAGGCUGCCUCCGAAGCGCACGAAGCUGUACAGGCUGCGCCUCAGGAACAUAAACAAGAGGCCGUUGAAGUACCAGCCGAACAAGCUAAGGUUGCGGUCGUGGAAGGCAAGAGUGCUGAACAACAAAGCGAAUCCGCGGAGAAGACCUCUGAAGCCAGCAAAGAGGAAUCCAAGGAAGAGAAGAAACCUGAAGAAGCGAAACCAAGCGUAAGAAAGGAAGACGAAUCGAGCUCUACCGUCUCCGAGGAGUCGAAGGAAUCGUCGCAACCCGCCACCGAAGACAAGAAACUCGACAAACCUCAGGAAGAACAAGAGAAAGAGAAGAAGGCUGAAGAGAAACCCGACCGUGUAACCCGUGACGCUGAAGAAUCCGCCCCAGAAGCCAAGAAAUCGGCUCAACCAGCUGAACAACAAUCCCCAGCUCCGGCGGAAGCUGAGAAGACCCAAGCGGAACAGGCUAAAACACCCGAGGAGAACAAACCAGCUGUCCAGAGCGAGAAGACCGAACCCGCUAUAGAACAACCGGCAGUUAGCUCCGAGGAGUCGGUCAAGAGCGAGGAGAAGACCGAAUCCGAGGCUCAGAAUCCUGAAAAAGAAGCCAAGAGCUCGGAAGCUUCGUCGUCUCAAGAAUCCACCGAGUCACAGGCCAAACCUGACGAGUCUAGCCAAGCAAAACGCGACACCGCAGCGGAGGCUCAACCUCAGGCAAAGGCUGAACAAGCCGAGGAGAAGAAGGAAGAGCCGCAGAAGAAACAAGAUGGCGAAAAGGAGGUGAAGGAACGUUCUGACGAAUCGUCGGAAGACAAGUCAGCCGAGAAGAAGGACAACAAGAGCAGCGAGGAAGAGAAAUCCUCCGAGGAGUCAAAGGAGUCCAAGCCAGCCGCUGACGAGUCCAAACCGGAACUGUUGCCCAAGCCGCAGGAGUUAUUCCACAAGGAAUAACGGUCCCAGCAGCGAGUGGGAAGACGAACAACGGUAGCCCCUAGAAGCAGCAACAUCGUAAUUGCUCGCUAAGUCGAGACACUGCGUUCAACAUCCGACCGACAUCAUAUGUAAUCGCGCGAGUUCUUCCCCGGAUAGAAGCGAAACGGGAUAGAGCGUGUACGUCAGGAGAAGUACGAACGAGAAACGAGAGAAAGAGAUUGACAGAGAGAACGAGACGGUGUGAAAGUGUAUUAUCGGUGCGAAUGGAUGAUAGAGAGAGAGAGAGAGAGAAAGAGAGAGAGAAAGAUUGGACGAUGAAUUUUCUGGCAGGGUCCAACUUCCCCGGCGCGCUACGAUUCCGAGAAAAUUUAUCGACUAUCGGGGCAGGAUGACCACGUGAAACCUGGCUGUGAAGGGAUAGACUUAUAGAAAAGACGUCGAAUCAAGAUCCUGAGGAAGACAACGACGACGAUGAUCAUCACGUUCGAGACACGAGUCUUUGGAACUUACUCGAUCAGGAACACGUGGCCACCCUUUAGGAUCUGACACUUGGCGCACGCCAGGUAUCAUCAAUCCUUAUUCGUCCCGGUGGACAUUGCGAUCUGUCCGCGGGGACGAAAUUGGCCCCCCUCUAAUAUUUAGUGUCCUCGUCCCAAAUUCCCAAGUGUUUUUUUUUUUUCAUCUUUUUUUUUCUCUCCUUCCUUUUUAUUUUUG